AUGGAAUCCACGCACACCCAAACGCCCUCGGUUUGGACCGACGAGAAGCACCUUCACUUCCUCAACACCAUGGAAGCCUCCUUCGUCCGCACAAUGCUCCACCACUACGUCGUCGUCUCAUCCCACCCCCCUCUCCGCCUCGACCGCUACCUCCCCGACACCUCCGAAUCGACCUUGGAUUCCAAGCCCAACCGCAGGCCCAAGAAGCAUGCUUAUGCUAAUGCUAAUGCUAAUGCACCCCCAGAUUCAACGGGUUCUACUCCCAGGGGCAGAAGAACAAAGAGGAGAUCGUCUCAUUCUCAAUCUCAGCUACAGAGUUCAACGGUGGAGCAGGUGAGUUUGUGA